AUGGGCACUGAGCUAUCCAAGCAGCAGUGCAGAGAAGGUGGCGACAACAAUGGUCGACGGGCGAUGGAUUCGUCAUCGGCUGCUGCUGGAGGCAAAGCACCCACAACACAGGUGGUCGUCGGGGAAUGGGCUGGCUGGUUGCAGGGUGCCGAGGUGCUAUUCCUCCAGGGAAAGUUCAGAGCCUUCCAGGAGGCUCUGCAGAACGACGUGCCCCCCCUACCGACAGAGCCGCUGGCCGCCUCGCUCCUGAAGGCGGUGGCUAAGGCAAACGCAGCCAUCGGUGGACACGCCGAAGCGUCUCUCUCCUUGUCUUCGACGGGAGGAGGGCGGGGGGGCGGAAGCGACGGGGCUGGGGGGGGCGACGGCGACUCGGAGGCGGCUCGAGAGGCCUCCAUCGCCGGCCUUGAGGUCGCCCUGCGAGAGGCCGUCGAGGUGGCCGUGCAAGCAACCUGCUCUUCCUCCGCCACCUCGCCGUCAUCGCUGCUGCCCCCGACACCGGCGGCGGCCGGGAGCGAGGCUGCGGACCUACGCGUUGCCUUGCUAGCCGCCGCGGCCGAGGAUGUGGCCGUUCAGGCGGCCUGCGCGCUCAUGGCCGCGAGGCUCGCUCAGGGCGAGGGUACGGCCGCGGACCCCGAUACUCCUGCAAGCAUCGCUUCCAACGGAGGCGGUGGCGGCGCCGCAGGCAGGGGGGGGCGCGGGCAGGGGGCGGGGGGCGGCGGGGGAGGCGAGGAGAGGAUGAAGCAGGAGGAAGAGGAGGCGGCUAGAGACGUGUUUUGGGGGGUUGACGCGCUACGAGAGGCGUUCGGCUCUGCGCUCAAGGGGCCGGGCGCUGGAGGGAAGCGUCUGCCGUUAUCGGAAGCUGCGCCUCGCCUCCUGCACCUUCUUCGGAUGUCCUGGCUGCUGGCCGUUGCCAACCUAGCCCUAGGCCGUGCCGCCGCGGCCUCGCGCAUCGUCUGCGUGGCGGAGCACGCGUACGGAGCACGCCGGUCUGCCUGGCGGAGAGCCAGUCUCCUCCUCUCCACGCGACCCACCGGGGCCUCAGCCGCCUACACCCCGCCACCGCCCCCGGCACCCCUGCACCCUCUCGGCGCAGCCACGUCUAAGCACGGAGGAGUUGGCGGAGCGGCUGGGACUCUGCGGGGCGGGGGUGGGGGGAACGACCCUGCGUUAGCCAUGUGUCGGUUCUUGCGGGGGCUGGGGUCGUUGGCGCAGGGGGAUCUGGAGGCUGCGGCGGGGCGGUUGGAGGAGAGCUUGGACCUGGACCCGCGAAACCGCCACGCGACGGUAUGCCUCGCCCACAUCUCCUGCUUCGCCUCCGCCUCGCCGGCGACAACAAGCCUCAGGUGGAAACCUUCAGACGAACGGACCCACGAGCUGCUCCGAGUCCUCUCGCUCGGCAGCUCGGCCCACUUCGACUCCAUCGAACAAGAAAUCCUCUUGCGGGGAGGAGGAGGAGGAGUAGCAGCGGCAGCAGCAGCACCGGAAGGGAAAUCGGGGAGCUUCAUGUGGAGGGCGGGCGGGGGCGGGGGAGGGGUCGAGGCGUGGCUCUUGCUGGCGUGCGCUGCGAGGGCGACGGGGAAUGCCGGGGAGGCGGUGUCCAUGUUCCGGCGGGCGCUGGCGCUUGACCCCCAGUGCUUGGAAGCGGUGUACGGCGUCGCUCGUGUCCUGCAAGAGUCGGGGGACCACGCCGCCUCCCGCGAGCUCCUCCUCUUUCUCGGGGAACGUUCCCAGGAACUUUCCGGAGGUUCUUUGCCUUCCUCGAACGGCGCCACCUCCGCCGUCCACCAAGGGAGACGUAACAGCAGUCGGUCAUCGUCCCACCAACACCGGCUGUGCUUCCCGCUGGAGGCAAGGAGGCAGGGUUUCCAACCGGGCGGCGGCGGUGGCGUUACUAUCGGCGGCGGCAGCGGCGGCGGCGCCUCCGGCGCCCUCACGGUGCUGCCGGUGGCGCUGGCGGAGGUGAUGUGGCGAGUGGCGAGAGCGUCCAUGGCGGCGAGGGACUGGCCCACGGCCAUCCUUGCCCUGGAGGGGCUUGUUGCCGCCGAGGCUACGGCGGGCGGGGAAGCGUCACCCCGGGAAGGACUGGCGUACUACUUCGCCUCCUUUGCGAAGGGCGGGGGCGCCCGAGCGUCGCGCCGCGGCCCUGGGAGAGCGAGAGUCUUGCGCGCGCUCGCCUACAGCCAGAUCCAGAGAGGGCUGUAUCGCGAUGCCCUUGAGACGGUGGGGACGGUGCUGGGGGAUGGGUCCGGCGGCGGUAGCGGCGGCGGCGGCGGCGGCGGCGGCGGCGGUAGCGGCGGUGGAGGCGGAGAGGAGGAGGAUGCUGCGAUGCUGAUGCUACGGGCGGAUGCCUUGCUAUGCCUGGAGGAAGACGAGACCUGCGCGGGAGACAGCCUCGACAGGGCGUUGCGGCUCCUCGCUCGCCGUCAGGUGGACUUGUCCGUGCCGCCACCGUCGCGAGCAGCAGCAACGGGGUCGGCGUUUGGGGAAUCCUCGCCGCCGGCGCCCAAGCGAAAGAAGCCUGAGGCCGAACAGCAGCAGCAGCAGCAGCAGCAGCAGCAGCAGCCGCUGGUGAAAAUCACGGCGGCUCCGACCGGCGGCAGCGGAGAGAGCGACUCCCGGAACCACCCCGCCUUCUCUCCGCCCCCGCACGGCACCGGCGGCGGCGGCGGCACCGGCGGCGGGGCGACGCCAAAGGACGACCGCGACCGUAGACUCGCACGGGCCGCGGCGUUCAACAACCGAGCGGUGCUCCUCAUAGCCUUCGGCCGGGGAGAGGAGGCCUGCCGGUUGCUACGGGCAUGCCUGCUGCUACUGCCGGAGGAGCCGCGCCCGACGUUCAACUUUUCGCUCGCCUUAUGGAGGCUGGGCAGGAGACGGGACGCGUGCGCGCACUGGCUGGAGGCGAGGCGGUGGUUGGGGGUCGGCGGCGGUAGGCGUGAGGCGUAUGUGAAGCUCCUGGAGUCGGCACGGCGGCGAAAGCUUUCGCUGCAAUCCGAUGCCGUCAACAAGGCGAACAAGACAGGCGGACACGGAGACUCUUCCUCGGCAGCAGCAGCAGCAGCAGCAGCAGCAGCAGCAGCAGCAGCAGCAGCAGCUGCCGCGGUGACUUCGCACGUGACGGAAGGAUCAGGAGGCGACCCCCUGUCGCUUCCACAAAUCCAGGUGUGCCUCCUAGACAUUCGGUGCCUGACUUGGUGGCUCGACAACAACUUAGGGGUGGAGGACGAGGAGCAGGCGCUAGGGCCGGCCGCAGCAGCGGCCGGGGGAAGUCACGGCUCUCGCGGCGGCCUGCGUUCCCGCCUGCGGUAAACCUCGUGCAGGGUAGGGGUCUUCCAAACUCCGAGCGAGGAUGAAUCGCAAUGUAGCUUCUCGGUGCUUCAGUAGACAAAACUGGUGGGGUGUGGAUGUAUGGGGGGCUUGGCAUUGGCGAUACCUUCCCAGACGCACAUGUUGCUGCUUGGGAUGGAUUGAGGAGAGGUUUGCUGUCGAAGGGCGUUGAUGUCGGGGUACACCGCCGCCUUGGACCGUGCGCGGAGGGCAGGCAACGAGAAGGCCGUGUUUUUUGCUCGGGUGGCGGGGGGGGAGAGAACUCCCUGUCCAAACGAGACUGUGAGCAACGUGUGGACCCUCUUUGGACUUUGACACAGAGGACAUGGCACCGAACAGCGCGGAAGAAGAAGGAUCUGUUUUGAAACUCGAGAACGCUUUUGUUCGAAACCCAAACACGCCUCUUGGAUUUUGCGCAAGACCCUCCGAAAGGAACGGGAGUGGAUGAACUUCGUCAGGCACGCCUGUUUGGCGUCUGGGGAAUGAAAUCCCCACGAAUUUUCUCAGCUGGGGAACGAAGUUUCCACGAAAUUUCUCUAGUAUUGGCGCCGUCUGUCCCGUGCAUAAGUUGCGUCGCACACGACGGUACUAUUUAUUUCCACACGGCCGGAGGAAAAGGUUUGGCAGCACAUGGCGGCGUUUUUUCUGUGUAUUCUGGUGUCUCCGUACCGAGGGUCAUUUAAUCUACACGUAGUGAGUAUCGGAUUGGAUGAGGCCUCUUGUGCCGCCUGACUGUGGUCCACCCAUCCUCGGGUGCGUUCGUUGGUUUUCUUUUUUGGUGGACCACUUCGGAGUGAACCGGUCUCACCCGACUUUCCCUCAAGGCGUCCUGGUACUUGGUGUUUAUUUAUGGUACCACACAGUCGGCAUCCACCUUUCGUAGAACGCGCGGCGACAAUGGUAGCUUCUGCGUCAGCUCAUAACCCGUAUGUGUGAUGGUGAGACCAGACGACGCCAGAAAACCACUUUUUCACCGACGAGGUGUGUUCACUAUAACGCUCGAUCGUUUGUUCAAAACCUUACACCACAUGGCAAACAGCCGAGAUGACCCGGAUCGUAAUACUUCAUUCACCGCCUACGCUCAGAACGCCUCAGCACGCUGCUGUCUAGUACAUGGGUGCUCCACCGUAGGAUGAAAACACAAUCGGGCGGUUUCAGGAACGAGGUGGGUGGGGCAGCGUCUGCAUCGGCUCGUGUGCUCUCGGAAACAUGAUGGCCCGCAUGUUGCCCCGGCCUAAUCCAGUCGAACUCCUACCGCCGGUUGACAGAAUAAGCUCCUAGACCGUGUCGGUAUUACAGCUGAAGCGUUGUGAACGAACGGGGUUACUCCCAAAAACAUGAAUGCGAGCAAGCUUGUUGUGGAUGCUCAACCCGUGGUGCUUCAAACGUUCUUGCACCCGUUAUUCACUGAAACCGGUACGAUUACCUACCGUGAUACAUUUUGUUCAACUACUACCUGAGACAAUUCCCCCUGCUAUGAACAGGCAAGCCUCGUGCCAACAGAAACAAACCCAACCACAUCUUGUCACCAAUAAAUUACCCCCAUUACUCCACGUCACCCCCACAUGCAUGCGAAUCACGCAGACACCAACGAACGGCAAGACUUACGGAAACCCAUAGAAGUACUACCGGACUGACCGCUCCUUCGUCACUAAACAAAGAAGCAAACGUUCUACAGCACUAGACUAUGUUGACUGCGCCGGCAUCAAGCGCGCAGAUUCAGGCAUUGUCCGCGCGCACUCUGUCGAGUCUGCACGUGACACUUUGCAACACGCAAGCGAAGCGGGGAACUGAGAAAAAUACGACGCUCCUCCCUCCCCCAUGUCAAUGAAGGCACCCGAUGCAGACGUAACUGCAUCAUGGCUGAAAAAGAUGAAGGCCGGGGCAAAACGAAAACAAAACGCCCCUGAAACGCUUCCGAAUGCUCCGGAAUAGCACUGGAACCCCGCGCUCACAUCGGAGACAACCAGUUAACUCGGACUACUUGUGUCAAAAUACUGGUUGGUGACCAUAUUUUUGUUCAGGCAACGCUCGAAAAGCGGAAGAACCGGCAUAGACCUAGCAAAUGGGCGACACAAGCCACCCAAGCUCCUGAAAUUCGAAUGAAACUACAACCCGGCCGCAGUUGUGACUCGCUCAAUAUUUCGUCAACAGCAGUAGUAUCACCGUUUAGAGGAAUGCCCGC